UUGUUUUGAAAGGUUGCAUGGCGUGGUCAUCAUGGAGUGGCGGCUGCAAAGAGUGCGGACAGAGUCGCCGAAGAGUCGAAUUUAACUGCUCAAGAACUCAGGAAUCGCGGCCCUGCAUAUGUCCUCCUGAAAUGAAUUCUCUGCGAGUGAAGUCUGUCAAAUUGAAUCUAACUCUUCAAGUGAAAUGCCAUGUGAAGGGUUUUCCUACACCAGAGGUGAAUUGGACAAAAGAUGGAAAGUUACUUGAUACCAAGAACAUGCUCAAGCUUAAUCAAGUGAGUUAUGAAGACGCUGGCCAAUACACAUGCAGCGCUAAGAACAGUGAAGGGAAAAUGGAAGCAGCUUUUCAGAUUACAGUUACAGGUCCUCCUGAAAUUAAUCCUCAGCUCAAGAAUCAGUCGGUUACCUAUAACUCACCGCUUCAGUUAAAUUGCUCUGUAAGCGGUUUCCCUAAACCUGAAGUAUUGUGGACUAAAGGUGGGGAGGAUCUCGGCAAAGGGAACACACUCAUUAUUCAUCAAGUGAGGUUUAAAGACUCUGGCCGAUACACGUGCAGCGCUAAAAACCGCGAAGGAAGCAAGAAAUCAACCUUUUGGAUUAGAGUGACGGGAAUCGAUGGUGGCUGGAGCGAGUGGAACUCAUGGAGUAUCUGUACCAAGCCAGUUCGUGGCAUACAAACAAGGGGAAGAGAAUGUACUAAUCCAGAACCAGCAUAUGGUGGGAAACACUGCGAUGGGACCAGAGCACUGCUGAGAGAAUGUAGCAACACGUCCAUUUGCCAUGAAGAAUUUCCACUGCGUUUUAAAACAAAGAAGAACCCGUCUGUCGGUGGAAUGGAAAUCUACACGAACAGCAGCUGGCAAAAGCUUUGUACCAGUCAAUGGGAUGAAGCUGAUUUCAAUUCAACCUGCAUGGCCAUGGGCUACCAUAAGAACGGUGUUUAUGCCAAUGAAACAUGGUAUGCAGAAAGAGAGAACGUCUCAGAAACAUCUAUCUACCAAAGCUGCACCAUUCCAACAACAUGUGAGAAAAACCUGGCAAAGAAACAGCAAUUUUGCAAAGUUCCUGUUCGCUUGAAUGGUGCAAAUGUGGAGUAUGGAGGAAGAGUGGAAGUAUUUUACAAAGGUAAAUGGGCAAAGAUUUGCAGGAAAGGAUGGGAUUUUGACGAUGUCAAAGUUAUUUGUCGUCAACUUGGCUUUGAGGAGGCUUUGGCGGAAUUCAUUAGUUCAGACGUAAAGGAUGAGGGAAUUCCUUUUGUAAUGUCCGAUGUCUCUUGCAAAGGAGAUGAGCCAGAACUUGCAUCUUGUGCUCGUGUUGAUGGAAAGCUUAACAUCUCACGUCAAUGUUUAUCAGAUGGCAAGAGUUCUCAGGCGUUGUGUCAACCAAUGAACAAAAAAGUGUUGGACAAACAAGAACUCUUUUUUGAUAUUGGCAGCAAUGGAGAGCUUCGAUGCUCAAUACAUAAUGAAACCAGUUAUGCAGGAUGGACCAUUAAUGGUCAAAGAGCAAACUCUACUUCUCAAAGAAUCAGGACUAAAGAAACUGGUGAACUGUUCAUUUACAAAGUGCAGUUGUCUGAUGCAGGAUUAUACGAAUGCUACAAAUUGGAAUAUGUUCAAUUCUACAUUGUCUACGUUAAUGCAAAAUUUACUGAGAACACGCUAGACAACCAAACCUUGACUGCAGACACAUCUGGCAUUAUAAGCUGCAGCGCCGAGGGAGAACCAAGCCCACAGAUAUCUUGGAGUAAAAAAGGAGGAAACUCUUUAGACCCCAGACGAUUCACUCAAGUAUCCAACGGCGGCUUACAUAUUAGCCCUGUUAAGCCUGAAGACAAUGGGAUAUUCAUUUGUACAAUGAAACAAACAAAAGGAGCAAAUAGAGUCACAAGCAAUGAUAAAAACAUACUUGUGACAGUUAUAAUUUCUCCCCAGAUCACUAAGCCUCCGAUAGACCAGUCUGUUACCGAAGGGCAUUCAGUCAACUUCAUUUGCCGAGCCUCAGGUGUGCCAACACCAACCCUAGUCUGGAUUUUUAGUAAUGGUGACUUCCCAUCUGACAUCAGUCAAACUGAUCACGAUGGAGAAUCGUUGCUAGAAUUGCCAAGUGUCACAAAAGAGAUGAAAGGCACUUACAAGUGUGAAGCGAAAAACGAAGCAAAAACUACUAGUUCCUCUGCAACACUGCGUGUUUAUGGAAAAUCCUCUGCUCAAGUUGCUCCAGAUCCAUAUCCAACACUCACAACAGGAGAUGUCCUCACAUUGACCUGCCAGGUCAACGAAGACACNGUGUGCAAGGACUGCUGUUGGAUCAUUGCGCCUCCAAUAAACCAGUCUGUUACCGAAGGAUACCCUGUCAACUUUAGUUGCGUAGCCUCAGAUGUUCCAAAAGUAACAUUUGUCUGGGAUUUUAAUAAUGGGGACCUGCCAUCUGGUAUCCAUCAGACUGAUCAAGAAGGAGAGUCACUGCUGGAAUUACCACGUGUCACGAAAGAGAUGGAGGGGAAUUACACGUGCACAGCAAAAAACAAAGAAAUUUCAACUAGUUCCUCUGCAGCACUGAGUGUUCAUGGUAAAGCCUCUGCACAAGUUGUUGCAGAGACAUAUCAAACACUCAUAACGGGAGAAGUCCUCACAUUGACCUGCAAAGUCAAUGUGGAAACCAUAGGCAUAACUUGGAAAAAAGAUGGAGAAUCCUUAAAAGAACGAGCACUUAUAGAUACCCGAUUAGAUGAGGCAAAGAGUACACUUGUUAUUACUAAGGUUGUGGAAGAGGACAGUGGUGAAUAUUCUUGUGAAGCAAGUAACAAGCUAGGAACUGUGGCUCGCUCUUCUGUGACAUUGGACGUUGAAGCCCCAGCAGCUCCUUCCAGCAGUUCCCUGGAGUGGUACUACAUUGGCGGACCUGUGGCUGCUGUAAUUUUCCUGCUGUCUCUCAAUGCAUACAUCAAAAAACGCCGUGCGACAGCUUUGCAAGAGGUGCCCAGCAGGUUGAGUGAAGAGCAAGAUGAGGUUGGAAUGGGUCAGGUAAACGCAAACACGGAUGAAUGGGAGAUUGCAGUUGACCGUCUGAACUUUCGUGAGCCUAUUGGCAGAGGGGCAUUUGGCUCAGUGUGGCGAGCGCUACUGGGUCGGUCCCGUGGCAGACGAGGAAAUCGUACAGUCGCUGCCAAGUGUUACCUGCCAAUCUCUGGAGAGGAAGGAAGGAAAGCCCUGCUGAGAGAGAUCGAGUUAUUGAAACUUUUUGGAAGAAUGGGCCAUGAGAAUGUUGUUAAGUUCAUUGGCUGUGUUACAGUUGGAGCUCAGCCAAUACUUAUCAUGGAGUACCUGUGGCGAGGUGACUUGCUGGGUUACCUCAGAAAAUCCAGGGGGGUUUUCGACCACUAUCAUUGUGGGGUCGGAAGGGUCGACCACUUGACAACAUAUGACAUGGUGCUGUUCGCUAAACAGAUCGCAAAUGGUAUGACUUUUCUCGCGUCUAGAGGGGUAAGUGCUCAAACUCCUCUUGGUUUGCAUUUCGAAAGUCGAUCGCCAUACGACUAA